AAUAGAUGAUCAAGAGGUUGUUGAGCUGAGGCUACCAGCCACUCUGUAGGCCAGAUCCUUGCAAUCGUUACAUUUUGCUGGUGGGUAUCUUGUCGAGGAACCACAACUGGCAUCCUCUACCCAACUUCGAUAAAAUCUCUAUUCAUACGGCUUAUCGCCACUUUACAAUAGUUCAGCUGCCCUUCCCAAAUUACAGAGUGCCUUGGGCAUGGAGUCCAUUGAUCACAAUGGGGAGAAGAGGCAGGUCGCAAUCGGUAUAGUUGGUCCAGGAUUGAUUGGGAAAACCCUUCUCUCCCAAUUGGCACUACAGACUGACAGGCUUCGGGAGGAAUGGGGCCUGGAGCUGCAAGUGUUCGGUGUGACUAACUCGCAAUGGAUGCUUCUGUCAGCAACUCCCAUAAGUCUCAGUUCCUGGCAGACCGCUCUGGAGAGCCAGGACACAGAAGCCAGCUUGGACUCGUUCACCUAUCAUUUUGCCACCAGCCCUGUGGCUGACAGGGUGAUCAUCGACUGCACAGCCAGCGCGGCAGUCCCAUGCCACUACACAAAGUGGCUGUCUCUGGGCAUCCACGUGAUUACGCCAAACAAGCGAUUGGGCUCUGGACCCUUGGCUGACUACUUGGCUGUGAAGGAAGCACAACGCCAUUACCAUGCGCACUUUAUGGCAGAGGGGACGGUGGGAGCCGGUCUGCCUGUCUUGUCCACGCUGCAGUCCAUGAUCAACACUGGGGACAAGGUGGCGAAGAUUGAGGGCGUUUUCAGCGGGACCCUCUCAUUCAUCUUCAACAACUUUGGGCCAGGGAGGCCCUUCUCUGAUGUAGUCGGCAAAGCCAAGGCCGCCGGCUACACAGAACCGGACCCCCGAGAGGACCUCUCAGGAAUGGAUGUGGCGAGGAAAGUGGUGAUACUGGCACGGGAGUGCGGCAUGCAGAUAGAGCUUGAGGAUGUGGCAGUGGAGAGCCUUGUCCCAGAGCCACUGCAGAGCACCUCAUCGGUCCUAGACUUCAUGGAUCAGCUACCUCAGUUUGAUGCGGACAUGGAGGCUCGCGCUUCUGAGGCAGCAGAGGCCGGCAACAAACUGGUGUAUGUGGGCCUUGUGGAUGUGGCUGCAGGGAAAUGCACUGUCUCCCUACAGUCCUAUCCAGCAGAUCAUGCAUUUGCACAGCUGAGCGGCUCAGAUAACAUCAUUGCCUUCACAACACGGCGCUACUCUCAACAGCCUCUCAUGAUCAGGGGCCCCGGGGCUGGAGCAGAGGUGACAGCAGCAGGAGUGUUCGGCGAUCUGUUGCAGGUCGCGCAGUCACUGGGAGCCUGAUCAGAUAUCACGAAAAUUGAGAAUUAUUGCUGAGUGCAUUUCACAAGUAGAUCAUGGCUGUAGACUCUGACCUGCGAUAUUGCUGGCUCUCCAAAGGCUGCCCUGUCCUCCAUAAAUUCAGCGUGUUCUUGUCGACAGAAAAUUUGUAGCAUCACGUAAC